AUCAACACGCACAUGUCUCGAUUCUCAAUGAUCUGCAUUUCGUUAGCGGAUUCCCGUUAUUCUUUUUACCAGAAUACUAUUACGCUGUUCUAUUUUAAACACAUUUAUUUGUAGUCGUUAUACGUAUUCUUAUUACAGAACAUGUUUUCCAUCACUUUGGUAAACAUUGAUAGUUAUCAGUCAUCCCCGAUACCCGAGCUGGAUGUGACAUUUUCAGAGUUCCGUGGCUCCGAGAUAAAAAAAGUACCGGUAAUCAGAGCAUUCGGUUCAACUGCCACAGGAAAGAAGACAUGCUUGCACAUUCACGGUGUCUUUCCAUAUCUAUAUGUCCCAUGCACUGUCCAAGAGAAUAUGGAUAGCUAUGCUUAUCAACUGGCUGCAGCGAUUGAUUCUGCACUCAAUACAUCUUUUGGUUCCACUUUAUCUACCAACCAACAUGUGUAUAAAAUUCAACGAGUAUCAGGAAUACCUUUCUAUGGUUAUCAUGAGAAAGAACAUUUGUUUUUUAAAAUAUAUUUUUAUAAUCCAGCUAUAAUUAAAAGGACGGCAGAUUUGCUGCAGAAUGGUGUUAUUCUUAAUCAAACUCUGCAGCCAUAUGAGGCACACAUUCCGUAUAUUCUACAAUUUAUGAUAGAUUACAAUCUCUACGGCAUGAAUUUAAUCAAUUUAAAUAGCGUAAAAUACAGACACUCUUUGCAAGGAUGUGCAACAGAAGAUAGCCAAAACAGAUCGUCAAUGGAUUUUUUAGAUUCAGAAGCAUAUCUUCCGAUAUCAAUAACAAGACAAAGUAUGUGCGAGUUGGAAGCAGAUGUGUAUGCUUCGGAGAUUCUGAAUAGGCAAAGUGUCAGUGAAAAAUUAAAGCUGAAUCCCGGUCUUGCUGCGAUUUGGAAUGAAGAGAAAGCAAGGAGGGCCGAAACUGAUCUAGAAAAUGCAAAGUCGCAAUUAUUAUAUCCCAAAACUCCGAGCAAAAUUAUUUUACCGCCAACUACCAAUGAUGUUUAUCAAAAGGAUCAAUUGUUAAAAAGACUGAAUGCUAUAUCACAAACCAACGAGACAAUUACUUCAAAUACAAUGAUAUCUUCAUAUCCUAUUGAAGUAGAAGAGAAUGAAAAUAUCUUAAAUGCAUCUCAUAUUCUAAAUCAUAGCGAAUCUCUUGUAUCUGAAGAAAAUCUUGAAAGAACAAUUUCUGAUAAUUGUAAAUUGUUGCAAUUGGCAUCGUCAGCGUUUUUAGACGCAACUCGAAGUCAAAGUAAUAUGACAGAUACUAGUUUUUUGGAUGCAGAUGAUAUACAAUUGGUAGACAUGCUAGCUGAUUUAGCGGAAAAAAAUGAGAUUGCGAGUAAUGUAGAUGACGAUAGCGUUCUUGGAUCUCAAUAUUCUAUAUUUAACGAACGAAUUAAGGAUGAUCCAGAGGAAGAAGAGGUUGAGGAUUUAAAUAUUACAAGUUUUGAUCUAGACUUAAGUUCUUGGGAAUCAGUGUAUAAUCAGAGAUCCAAUCAACAUGACAAUACGCUAAAAGUUAUAGAUAAUAAGCAGAACAUUGGAUCUGCAGAUGAUUCAAACGUUACUGAAGAAAAUAAUGUCACGCUCGUGAAUUUUCCACAAGUUGAUGGAGUUGAUGAUUUAUAUGAGAUCGUAUCAAAACACGAAGAAACUUCAAAUAGUUUGAGUAAUAAAGAUAAUAUAGCAUAUUGUAUGGCAGUUCAGUACCUUCCUAAAAUAAUAACUAAAAAUUCCAGAAAUAACUAUGUUUCUGUCAUUAAUGCAAAAAAAGAUUAUACCAUGUUUCAUAUAUUUUUUAAAACAAGCAAACAUUUGCGAGGUAUAAAUGUAAAGUAUCCGCAUAUUGAUAUAAGUUUUGUCGCAAGAAAGAAUCAUUAUUUAAAAGACAAUAGAAAAAGGAUUGUGUAUAAUAAGAAGACAGAAAAAGAAUUAUAUGUUACUCGAUGGCAGUUGCAACUAGAUCAUCGAGACUUAGAUGUUUAUGAUAUAGAUGAGAUAGAAACCAUGGAACAUGUUAAUUAUAUAACAAAUUAUGAAGAAAAUAAGUGUAAUUGUGAACGAGAAUUUAAAUCGUGUAUUCAAGAAGAAGGACUUUUAAAUAGCAAUCACUGCUUUUAUCAUGAACUGUAUAAUUUUUCAGUAAACUUUACAAUAUCGAAUGUUGAUGGGGCUACAGCUGAUUCGAGCGAUGCUGAAUCCGAAGCUGAUGUGACAAUUGAAAAACAAGAAGAACGCGUGUGCACUUAUAAAUCUGAUAAAAAGAACGUAUUACAAAAUAUAGUUCAGAUUACUCCGAAAAAAAGGAAAUUUGAUUCUCAAGACGACGAUCACGAGUCAUCCAAAAAACGAAGAAACGUGGCUAAGACGCCAAAAAGAAAAUAUAAUUCUCCAGGCAAGACGUCUCGAAGUCCACAGUUGUCAGGAAAUUACUCGCCUCUUAAUAUUACUAUUACAUCUCCGAAAUCCAGUAAAGAUCCUGUUCGACAAUGCGAAUCUCCGAAAAGAAAUCAAUACGUACCGACACCUGAUAUUCCUUCAACUUCUACUACACCAAAACACAAAAAACGUCCGUUACGUGUGAGCUUGCUUCGUGAAAAAUUUUUUAACUCGGAAUUAGAAAAUAAUGGCACUGAUAACGAUACUUAUAAUGAAAUAAAUAUUGUCAAUAUUGUAAAAAUUGAUAAGACAACAAUGAUUCACGAAUCAUUACAAGAUCACCAAAAGGGAACGGAAAGCAUUGAAAAAUCAUUUAUUAAAACGAAUAAAGAGGUUCGUAAAAGAUUAUCCUUCUUGGAUUAUGAUGAAGAAGAUACUUUUGUAGAAUCAGAUUUUAACAAGAAUCAAUCUGAAACUUUAAUCGCACCUGGGCAUUCGAGUAAUCAAGUACAUGAAGAGACAGCUACACUUAUCUCCAGCAAUGCAAACAGUGAUGAUAGUGUCCCAAACAGUCAAUAUACAGAAAAAAGUAUUAAUGAUGUAUCUCCCGAAAGAAACUAUACGUCAGACAUACAAAACUUAGCAAAGAAAUUUAUAAAAACUCAUAAUGACGUUAUUCCUGAAACUGAUCUAGACGACGAUGAAGAAGAUGUAUGUAACAUAACUUUCACCCAACAUCUCAACCAAAAAAUAGAGAGCGACAGUCAAAGCAGUUCGUUGUCAGAGCAGAGGGCUCGUCGUUCAUCGAAAAAUGCGAUAAUUACAAUUACUACGAAAUACAAGCCUCCUAGUCCUGAAAGGAUUCUGGAAAGUAUGACGAUGUACGGCAUUCCGAAAUGUAGAUCGCAAAAACCGUUUUUCGGCAAUAAACUCGAUCUCGCGAAACAGAAAGAAUUCUUGAAUACUAACGCUUCAUAUUUCGAUGAACCCGCGUUUAAAUCUAGUCUGGAAGAAAUCACGAGUAUUAAACUGUGGCGAAGAAUGAAGGUCAAUGAAUUUUAUCCGUUUGGAGCGAAUAUAAAAUCUUAUCAUAUCAAACGGACGCUUGCAGGAUAUAAUUCGUUAACGAUUAAACCACUUAUGGCACCACCAUCUUCUAAGAAUGUUAGAGAUUGGAUUAGAGCUAAAAAAUACAUAUCGAAACAAAAUUCUGAUACCAAAUCAUGUAAGCAGAAUAAAGAAAAGGCGUUAAAUGUACAAGAUGUACAGCAUCCGUUGAUUAAUGCCACUAACAAAGAGAUUAAAUCUCAACCAGGGACGUCUAAUAAUUUAAUCAGUAAUGAUUCAAACGUGGAGCGUCAUAUAGAUUCACUAAUGCCUCAACAAAGCAUGUUGAAUAAAACAUCUGACGAAACCAAGAAAUUAGAGACACAAAAUUCUAAUGAUUCAUUGAUAUCAGAAAAGAGUUUAGAUCCUUCUUUAAAAAGAGCACUGGCAAAUCCAUUAUUACAUAAACAGGAUAAGACACAACUAGGUGUUUCGUAUGGUCAAAUUGAAUGUUCAUCUAAAGGAAGCUAUGGAAGUAAUGUCUCAAACGAAAAUCUUCAAAAAGCUAGAGCAGUAACAGUACAUCAGUAUUUAACGUUAUUGUCUCUCGAAGUGCACGCUGUUACUCGAGAAGAUCUUCUCCCUGAUCCGCAGUAUGAUUCUAUUGCUGCAUUAUUUUACGCACUUUACAACGACGCUCCCACAGAUGCUACGACAAAUGAGCAGAUAGAACAUGCCGCUAUAAUUGUAAAUUCUAACUCUAUAAGUGCAAGACUCAACAAGAUCCAUUCUGCUAGUGCGAGGUGUCCAAUUCUAUAUGUUGCAACGGAACAGGAUGCAUUCAACAGCCUUGUAAAAUUGAUUGAGCGGCACAAUCCAGACAUUCUACUUGGCUGGGAAGUGGAAGCUCUUUCAUGGGGUUAUGUUUUUCAACGAGCAUUUUAUCUUGGUCUCAAUAACUUUCCAUUGAGAAUCUCGAGGGUUCCACACAUGCAAAUAUAUUCCAAAUCCGAUGCUCACGCGAUUGAAAAGGACGACAUAGGUGAUGUAAAAGUAUCUGGUCGCAAUCUCCUCGAUGUCUGGAGGAUUAUGAGACAUGAAGCAGCAUUAUUAACAUACACCUUUGAGAACGUCAUGCAUCAUGUUUUAUAUGAAAGAGUUCCGUGUCCUUCCUUCAAGACGUUAUCCACUUGGUGGAAACAGGAAAGCAUGAUAAUAAAAAGCAGAGUUAUACAUCAUUAUAUCGUCAGAGUUGUGGGUACUCUCAAGCUUCUAAGUCAUUUGGAUGUUAUAGGUCGCACAUGUGAACUCGCUCGACUUUUCGGUAUACAAUUUUAUGAAGUUUUCUCGCGAGGCUCGCAAUUUCGCGUGGAGUCUAUAAUGCUCAGAUUAGCGAAACCUAUGAAUUACAUUCCAAUCUCGCCAUCUAUACACCAGAGAGCUAAGAUGCGAGCUCCAGAAUGUCUGCCAUUGAUCAUGGAACCCGAAUCUAAAUUUUAUACCGAUCCAUUGAUCGUGCUUGAUUUCCAAAGUUUAUAUCCGAGUAUGAUCAUUGCUUAUAACUAUUGUUUCUCUACCUGUUUAGGGAGAAUAGAACACAUAGGCCAAUACGGGCCGUUCGAGUUUGGUGCAGCAACGUUAAGAGUAAGGAAGAAUACGGCAUUAAAGUUGCAAGAUAAAAUAAACUUUUCACCUUGCGGCGUAGCCUUUGUAAAGAAAGAGGUACGUCAAGGAAUACUACCGCGUAUGCUUUCGGAAAUUUUGAAUACGCGUCUGAUGGUGAAGGAAUCUAUGAAGCUGCAUCCAGCAGAAAAUCGUACGUUGCAGCGCGUUCUUCAUUCUCAGCAAUUGGGUCUCAAGUUAAUUGCAAAUGUUACUUACGGCUAUACAUCCGCUAAUUUUAGCGGUAGAAUGCCAUGUAUUGAGAUAGGUGAUAGCGUAGUUAGUAAAGGGCGAGAGACAUUGGAACGUGCGAUCAAAUUGGUAGAAACCACACCAAGAUGGGGCGCACGAGUAGUUUAUGGGGAUACAGAUUCUUUAUUUAUACUAUUACCUGGAAAAUCUCGAGAAGAAGCUUUUACUAUCGGCGAGGAAAUCGCAGAUGCUGUUACCGCAACUAAUCCCCCGCCCGUGAAGCUUAAAUUUGAGAAAGUUCUUCAUCCAUCUAUUUUGCAAACAAAAAAACGAUAUUGCGGAUAUAUGUAUGAAACUCGCGAUCAAGAGAAGCCCGAGUUCCUGGCUAAAGGGAUCGAGACGGUUCGCAGAGAUGGAUGUCCCGCAGUUUCUAAAAUACUUGAAAAAGCCCUCAAAAUUUUGUUCGAGACGAAGGAUGUCUCUCUAGUGAAGCAGUAUGUAAUCAGGCAAUUUGACAAAAUCUUUCAGCGGCGCGUAUCCAUCCUGGAUCUUACAUUCGCGAAAGAAUUUCGUGGAAUGCACGGAUACAAAGCCAACGCUUGCGUGCCAGCGUUGGAGCUAACACGUAGGUUGAUCAAGAAGGAUCCUCGCGCUGUGCCGCGCACCAGCGAGCGUGUUCGCUAUGUCAUUGUCGCAGGUGCACCAAAUCAAGCGCUCAUCCACUGCGUGCGCACGCCGAUGGAAGUUGUCGCCGAUCCGUCAUUAAUUCCGAACUCUGUGUAUUACAUAACGAAAGUCAUCAUACCGCCUCUCAAUCGCUGCUUUAAUUUAUUCCGAAUCGACAUUAAUGCGUGGUAUAAAGAAAUCUCCCAUCGUUCAAAUUUCGAUAAUAUCGCACAUUUAGGAGGAGACAAUCCAAAGUCCACUAUUCGCCAGUUCUUCAGUUCCGCGUCGUGCAUUACCUGUGGAGAACAGACCAAUAAAGAAAUUUGUCCAGAUUGCCUUUUGCAGCCAAGCCGGACUGUCCUCGUACUUCUCGAAAAGAUAAAACAAUUGGAAAGAAAUCAUCAACAAAUUACUGCUAUCUGUCAUUCCUGCAUUGGACGAUUGGGUAACAUAGAAUGCGUGUCUUUGGACUGUCCUGUUUUAUACCGAAUGGCACAAGUUCGUAAAGAGCUUGCGCAAGUUUCCUAUCUGAAUAAUAUUAUUUAUGGAAAUAAUUCCAGUGGAAUCAAGGAAUUAAAUGCAGUUGCUGAAUGGUAUUGAUUACAAAGGAAAUAAAUUUUUGUACUUGAUAUACAUACGCAAUUAAAAGAAAAUCAGUGCUCU